CUUAGAUACAACCACACCAGAUGCCCGGCGAUGAGAAGGCCCCCGUGAAGCUGUCUCUUCCUCUCGAAUUCCAGCAGGACAUCUUCAAGGAAUUGCGGGAGGACGAUGAACUGGUCCUCCUCGCCCGCGGCCUCGGCCUGCUGCGCAUAGUCACCAACCUCCUCCACUCGUACGAUGCCGCCGGGAACAAUCUCAUUCUGCUCGUCGGAGCAGACGAGCGCGAGAAUGUCUGGAUUGGCGAGGCGCUGGCUGAGCAUGCAGCGGUCAGCGUGGCACCGAAGGCCAGAGGGCUGAGCUUGGUCAACACCGAUCUAAUGAGUGUCGGGACACGCGAGAAGAUGUACGCGCAGGGCGGCAUAUUCAGCAUCACGUCGCGCAUUCUUAUUGUGGACUUCCUGUCUGGGCUGCUGAAUCCGGAGACGGUGACGGGCGUGGUGGUGCUGCACGCUGAGAGGGUUGUGGCCACGUCGCUCGAGGCCUUCAUAUUGCGCAUAUACCGGCAGAAGAACAAGGCUGGCUUCCUGAAGGCCUUCUCGGACAGCCCCGAGCCCUUCACGACGGGCUUCUCCCCGCUGACAAACAUGAUGAAGAACCUCUUCCUCCAGAAACCGUCGCUAUAUCCCCGCUUUCAUGUAUCGGUCGCCAAGUCGCUGGAAGGGCGGAAGAAGGCGGAAGUCAUUGAGCUGGAGGUGCCGAUGACGGACGCGAUGCGAGACAUCCAGAACGCUGUGCUGGAGUGCGUGGAGGUCAGCAUCAGUGAGCUCAGGAAGAGCAACACAGGCAUCGAGAUGGAGGACUGGACGUUGGACAGUGCCCUUCAUAAGAACUUUGACACAAUGAUAAGACGGCAGCUCGACCCUGUCUGGCACCGGACGACGUUCAAGACCAGACAGGUCGUUCGAGACCUGACUCUGCUACGCACGAUUCUCCAUGCCCUCCUGACAUACGACGCUGUCGACUUUAAUAAGUAUCUUGAUACCGUUUUGGCAGCCUCACAGCCGCCACCAGGCUCCACAAAGCAGAACCAGUCGCCGUGGCUCUUUCUCGACGCUGCCGACACUAUCUUCACCACUGCAAAGCGAAGAGUGUACACUGGCAAGGUGUCGAACGCUGAUCUCGCGAACAACCCUAAUUCGGUUCCCGACUCAUUAGAGCCCGUUCUGGAAGAAUUGCCGAAAUGGAACCAGCUCGCCGAGAUACUUCAAGAGAUCGAGCAAGAUGCCUACUUGAACCCUACACCGCAGGACACCUCCACCGGCGCCAUCCUGAUCAUGUGUGGUGAUCAGGGCACCUGCCGCCAGCUACGGGAGUAUCUUCAGAUCAUGUAUGUGAAGCCCGAAGGCGAAAACGACGAAGACGGCGCCGAAAGCGAACCCUCCGCACAAGUCAUGAUGCGCCGCAAGCUCCGCAACUACCUCUCCUGGAAAGGUGACUUCACUAAAGUGAGCUCCGCUCUCUUCUCCGAAAACCAGAAAGCCAUCAACAGCAGCACAGAGAACCGCGUACAAAGCGGCAAAGCCAAUAAACCACCUCCCAAUAAGCGACGCAGAGUACGCGGCGGAGGCGCUGCAGGAUCAGGCUCAACACGUUCGGAUACUGGAGCUGUACGCACCCCCGGUGACCGCGAUGCGCACAUAGCAAGCCUCAUGGCCGAGCUCCAACCCACCGAAAUCGAAGCUAUGCAAAAGACGGAAAUCAGUACAGACCCGCUAGACGACAUGGACUCCUACUACACCCUCUUCGAUAUGGACUCCCUCGUCGUCAUCCACCCCUACGACGGCGACCUCGACGAGCACAUCCUUGAAGAGACCAAGCCCCGCUACGUAGUCAUGUAUGAGCCGGACGCUGCCUUCAUCCGACGCAUCGAAGUAUACCGCUCCUCGCAUACAGACCGCACCGUCAAGGUCUUCUUCAUGUACUACGGCGGCAGCGUAGAAGAGCAGCGCUACCUCUCUGCCGUACGCCGCGAAAAAGACGCUUUCACCCGCCUCAUCCGCGAGCGCGGAAACAUGGCCCUCACUCUAAACAACGAUGCAAACCUCGACCCCCAAGAAUCCUUCCUCCGCACAAUAAACACGCGCAUAGCGGGUGGCGGCCGUCUCGCAGCUACCACACAACCACCCCGCGUUGUCGUCGAUGUGCGAGAAUUCCGCUCGAGUUUGCCGAGCUUGCUCCACGGCCGCUCGAUCGUUGUCGUCCCCUGCAUGCUCACCGUCGGCGACUACGUCCUCACGCCCCAAAUCUGCAUCGAGCGCAAAUCUAUCCGCGACCUCAUCGGCUCCUUCACAAAUGGCCGCUUGUAUAACCAAGUAGAAGCCAUGAUGGAGCACUACAAGUCCCCCAUGCUACUCAUUGAAUUCGACCAGAACAAGUCCUUCACACUCGAACCCUUUUCCGAUCUCUCGGCACCCUCGACAACAGCAGGCCUAGCCGUAGCGCCAGACUUGCAAUCCAAGCUCGUCAUGCUGACGCUUGCGUUCCCGCGGCUGAAGAUCAUCUGGAGUAGUAGUCCGUACCAGACGGCGGAGAUCUUCUCGGAGCUCAAGAAGCAGGCUGAGGAGCCAGAUCCGCUCAAGGCGGUGCAGAUCGGGCUAGAUCCGAGUAUGCAGGGGGACGAGAUGAGGAGUUUUAACCAGGUCACGCAGGAUAUGCUGCGGGCGCUGCCGGGCGCGAACGAGAAGAUUGUUACGACGCUGACGCUCGAGGUAGAGAGUCUUAUGGAGCUGGCGAAUAUGGAGGAGAAGGAGUUGUGUAAGCUCAUUGGGACGGAUGUUGGGAGGAGGAUUCAUAGGUUUUUUAAUCGCAGUGUGUAUGAGGAUGUUGCGGUGCCGACGUUAUAGAUGUAAUAGCACUUCACGAUGAUCUCAC